CAAAAAAGAUCGUGAAACCUUUCCUAAGAUUGUGAAAUGCCAUUCUUAAUGGUAAUGGAAAGUGUCAAGAAGUGUGUGUGGCCUGAACUGCGAAAUUGGAUCAUAUUUUGAAGUAGAAUAUGUUGUCGCGUGCGUCUUAAGGAUACGAUUAAAUACAAGAAAACAUAACAUUAAACUAACAAAUAAAUAACUUGAAAACAUGGAACCAGUAAAGUUUGACAAAGGACAAGAUAACGUUGAAAUUGACAAUUUUGCAAGCACUAUAAACUUGACGGAAGCCAAAGAGCCAGAACGUGUGCAAUGGGGAAAUAAAGCAGAAUUUAUGUUGGCAUGUAUUGGAUAUGCUGUUGGGUUAGGUAAUGUUUGGAGAUUUCCAUGGUUAGCACAGUCAAAUGGAGGAGGAGCAUUUUUGAUUCCAUACUUUAUAAUGUUGCUCAUUGAAGGCAUACCGCUGUUUUAUUUGGAACUAAGUCUUGGUCAACGUUUAAGACUUGGUCCUAUACCCAUAUGGAAAAAAGUAUCGCCAUGGGCUUUUGGAGUUGGUUAUGGAAUGUGCAUAGCUUCAUUUUUAUCAAGUUGUUUCUACAAUGUUGUUAUUGCAUGGUGUCUGUAUUAUCUAUUCAUCUCAUUUGCAAGUCCGCUGCCGUAUCACGAAUGCCCAGAAAACACCACAUCAACAUUAGCAGAACAUCUGAAAUGUCAAGAAAUCGGCUCCACACAAUAUUAUUGGUAUUAUGAAGCACUACAGAUUAGUGACGAUAUCAGCGACCAUUCUGGAUUUGCGUGGAAGUUAAGUUUAUGCUUGCUAACAGCCUGGACUCUAGUAGCGUUAUGCAUGUGGAAGGGAAUACAAACGACAGGAAAGGUUGUCUACUUUACAGCAACGUUUCCAUAUGUGGUUUUACUUGUUUUUAUUGUGCAAGGUUUUUUAUUGGAAGGUUAUGAUGAUGGGUUGAAAUUUUUCUUUGUGCCUAAGUGGGAAAAAUUAUUGGAGCCAAAGGUUUGGAUGGAAGCUGCCGCCCAAAUAUUUUUCUCCUUAAGUUUGGCUUUCGGUGGAUUAAUCGCAUAUGCUAGCUACAACGAUGAAAAGAACAAUACCUUAAAAGACGCGUUAAUUAUCAGUUUUACAAACUGUGGAACGUCUAUAUUCGCUGGUUUAGCUAUAUUUUCAAUUCUUGGAUACAGAGCUAACAAAAAGAGUCAGUUUUGUGUGAAAGAAAUGGGUUUAAAAAAAGGAGAAAUGAUUGACAAUUGUACAGUGGAACACUUUUUAGCGCAAGGCAGUGGAGGUUCCGGACUGGCUUUUAUAGCGUUCACAGAAGCGAUAAACCAUCUCCCGGUUCCAACUUUUUUUGCCAUUCUUUUUUUCUUGAUGUUGAUCACGCUCGGUCUGGGAAGCAUGUUUGGAUCCUUAGAGGGGCUGGUGACAUCUUUAAGAGAUACACCAUUUUUUCAAAGAUUUCGAAAAGAACUCGUUAUAGUUGUCGUUGCUGUACCUGGCUUUUUGGUUGGUCUUGGUUUUACUCAAUUUUCCGGCGAAUAUCUGGUCCAGCUUUUUAACAAGUUUAGUGUCGACAUACCAAUUUUAGCUGUCGCACUCUGUGAAUUGAUAUUUAUCUCCUGGGUUUAUGGACUGGAAAGAUUUGGUAACGAUAUUGAAUAUAUGACCGGUCGACAACCACCGAUGAUUUUUAAUAUAUUUUGGAAGUUUAUCUCUCCCGGAGCAAUAAUAAUCAUGCUUGUUUUGUCCUUGUACAACAUGUUUACUGAAAGUCCACAGUAUCUAGCGUGGAACACGGCAGAAGCGAAAGGGUCGAAAGUAGCAUACCCAACAUGGGCGUUGGUUGUCGGUAUAUUUGUAUUCGUUGGCUCGUUUCUAUUCGUCCCUGGAGGAAUUAUUCUACAUUGGUAUCGAUCAAGAAAAAAUAAAUAUCAGCUAGAUUAAGGUUUUGUUGUACACACUACGAUGAAUGUUUGGUUUUUAAACAGCUUUGUAAGGGUUGUUAUGCUGUCUAACUUCACCACAAGGAGCUUCUGAGAUCUUUCAUUGUGAUGAAAGAAAAUCUAAGUAAAUCCUUUCGUCGUUGUUUUUUGUGUUGUUCAACUCCUGGCAACUCAACCUAUUAUUGUGUUCAAUUAUCAAGCAACCAAAACAAUUGAUUUCUUCUGAUUGUUUACGGAAAUCUAUUCACAUUAUAGAUUGCAUAAAUCAAUAUUAUUUCUUUCCGAAAAUAAAGUAUAACUUUUAUGAUUGUAAUUACAAAAAUCUGUCAGGAGUAGUAUUGUUAAUAAGCAUCAUUUUGCGUGUAACGUUUUUUUUUUCUGCAAAUUCUUUUUUUAAAGUGUUCGACUCCAUUUGACUUUUUGAUCUGAUAACUAACCUAACUAAGGUAGAGCAGAAGUAGUAUUGACAAUAUUUAUAAUUUGUGAAUAUCUGUGCAUAUGACAAUACAUUUCCUGUAUGCGCUUCCUUCACGAUAAAUCACGAGAUGUAAAAACGUUAAUUUUGUUAUAAACAGCGCCUCGUACAUAGAUGAAAAAAUUUACGAACGAGCGUUUAUUCGCGGCAAUGUCGUUCGUUUACUAGACCUGCAAUCUUUAUUUAAAGUUGUGGUUAAUUUUAGGUGUGGAAACAUAAAAGCGCGCUGUAAUGCGUCACUUUUUAAUUAUUUUGCGUCAAUUUUAAAUACUUUCUGCACCAUACUAUGUAAUUAGGAAAGCAAUGCAAUUUGAUGUAUUUUCUGCAAAAUAUCUUGAACUAUCCAAAAAGGUGUUCAACUUGAAAGUGGCUUGCAAAUUAUUAAUGAGUAGCAAAAAAAUUAAAAAGUGACGCGUAACAAGUGCAACUAAAGUUUUGUGUCGAUCUUUUCAGCAAAGGCUUGAUGACGAUGUUAAUGAUGUAAUCUUUCUAUAAAUAAAUUUGCGAAAAAAUUUUGAAUAUUGUGUAAAUAUAUAGGUUUAUUCUCUGUAUAUAAAAACAUAUUAGAGAUAAAACUCAGGUGUAAA